AUUCCAUGCUCAUUUCACGUCAUCAUGGCUCCUUACCCAUUUCUUCUGCCAGCAGCCAUGGCUCCUGACCAAGCUUUUACUCGCAGUCCUUGGUAGUCCCAAUUCCAUGGCUGUCUCCAGUUCUUUUGCAGAAUUUACUUAUCCACUGUAGUUUAAACCUGGAGCUCGUCGUGUCUGCUCAGAAUUCAUGUAGAUUCUUGGCUCAGUUUAGCUGCCUAGGAUGUAGGUUAGGACUUGUCGCGUUGUUUGCUGAGAUCUUGCCGUUGCACACUUAGCUUUCAGCGAUGGAUUCCGAGGGAGCGGUUUCAGCUGCAGCUACUGGCGUACCCGAGUCUUCAAG